AUGGGCCUUGUAGUCAGUCAGAAGCUCGCAUCUCUCAUGCACGGCACUCUCUCCUGCCACUCUACCCUCUCGCAAGACUCCUUCCUUCUGCCUCCAAGUCUCUGUGUGUCUUUCCUCCCCCUUCCCUCACCCCGCUUUCCCAGCAGCUCCUCUGCCCCAGCAGGAUCAGGCCUUGGGCUUAUCGUAAGUCAGAAGCUCGCCUCUCUCAUGCACGGCGCUCUCUCCUGCCACCCUGACCCCUUCCAAGGCUCCUCCUUCCUUCUGCCUCCAAGUCUCUGUGUUUCUUUCCCUCCCCCCUUCCCUCUGCCCUGCGUUCCCAACAGCUCUUCGACGCCUGCAGGAUCAGGCCUUGGGCUGAUCGUCAGUCAGAAGCUCGCCUCUCUCAUGUACGGCACUCUCUCCUGCAACUCUACCCCCUCGCAAGGCUCCUCCUUCCGCCUCCAAGUUUCUUUCUCUCCCACCUCUCCCCCCUUCCCCCCGUCCCUCCAUCCCAGCUCAUCUACCCCAGCAGGCUCCGGCCUGGGCCUGAUUGUGAGUCAGAAGCUCGCCUCUCUCAUGCACGGCACUCUCUCCUGCGACUCCGCCCCCUCCCAAGGCUCCUCCUUCCGCCUCUCCCUCUCGCUCCCCUUCGCUGGCCGGUCCACCCAUGCCGACCCUGCUGACGCUGGCGCUGACAUGGCGGCGGGCCACGCCAGCCUGGCGCCAGGUGGCAUGAUGAGCUGUUACCUGAGCAACCGGGUGAAAGGGGUGGUGUAUUCGUCGGUGGGGGUGUGGAGCAGUGCAGAGGAGGUAGCAGCUGCACCAGUUGUACCUCCCUCUCUCUCCAGAAGCCUCUCUGCCUCUGUGCCUGCCCCAACCACCUCGUCUGCUGCUGCUGGUGGUGCUGCUGCUGGUGCUGAGGGUGCAGACUGGCGCAGGUUUAUCUGGGGGAGGUUUAUCUGGAGCAGCGCAUGUGGCGGCUGGAAUGGCAGGCAUGACUCUUAA